CCACUGGCGUCCGUGAUAGUGACGAAGAACUACUACCAGACGGAGAGCAUACCGAACACCUUGCAGCUGAUGGAGGACGACGUGGUGCAUGUGCUGAGCAAGCCUAACGAGCAUUGGUGGGACGGCGUGCUCGUGGACCCUGUGGGAAACGUCACGCGGGGAUGGUUCCCGGCCUCUUACACCAGGCCCCCAAAACAACACCAGAGCACUCCCCAUCAGGCGCCAGUCUCUACGGCGAGAUCCGAGCCACCUCCAUCGAACGCCUCCUCCCCUUCCAUCUUUAAGGAAAAGAACUACUUCGUGCCGAAGACAGACUCUUUUCUCACCUCCUCUUUAGCCAAUCAACACCAGCAUGAGUCAAGACAGUCCUCAAAGGCGCACACAGAGACUCCGCCAUACUCUCUCAUGAACUCAAUGCAUAUGGUAACAAAUGAGGAGAUAUCCUCCUAUUUCCAGACGUCGAACUCGGAGUCUCAACCCUCUUUCAAUUUUGUCCCUAUCUGGUUACCCCAAUUCACAAUUGACAACCAGGUGGUGUACAAGGACCAGGCAUUGAAGGUACUAACUCGAGACAUACCGUUUGUUGAUGCAGACUAUCUCAAUGAGGACUCAAUUCACGAGGUACCAGAUACUUCGAACCUCGUGGCCGACCUGAAUCCUCUUCCAAUCUCGCUGCAGCGUCAAAACACAGAACCAAGCAUUAACUCCACACCACCAGCAAACAACUUCAAGUCGUAUUCCAUAUACGAUAGCUUUCAUGGAUCGACCAACAAGCAUGCCCCUCAACAAACUCAGGUUUUGAUCAACAUGCCUGAUUUUGCAAAUGUACGAUUGACUGAGCUUUUCUACACUGAUAACACUGACAUCUUGACAUGGGAUGCACUGGCUUCCAGUUUCAUCAACUCACUGGAUAGAAGUAUCUCGUCCCUAGAAGUUUACGAUAAACAAAAGUUCAAGGAUUCAAUGAACGCUUGCUCGAAUUGUAUCUCUUCACUUCAUACAGCCGGAAGACUCAUACAUCAGCAAUUGCUCGACUCAAAUAAACAAAUUCAGUUCACUGCAAUACUGAAUAAAAUAACAAACAUGUUUAUUCAGUUUAAGAUUUGGACAACACUGACACUGGUGUCAUUGGAUAGCAUGGAGACCUCCAAAAAUAGUAAAUCAUUGGGAAUAUCAAACCCAGAGGAUGUUCCAAAAUCAAAACUAAGUAGUUACCAUGACGAUUCUGUUCGCUGCCGCCGCAAACUUGAAAAACUAGUAACUCACUUGUGUUUGGUAACUGCGUCUUUAUCCAAUCCCAAUCAAAAUGGAAUUUUUGCCAAAAAUGAUUCUAAAAUCUUGCCAAUGAUUUAUCCAAGAUUUGUAAGAGAUAAAUUUGAAGGAGGAAAUUUUAAGAACAAGUUUGUUGAUGCCAGAUUCUCUCAAUCCGAUUUUUUUUCUAAUCCAGCUCAAAACCAAGUAAAUAUACUGUUGGAUGAUGAGGCAUUGAACAAAUUGGCUUCAACCGAAAAGAAGAUUUUAGAAUCCCUGAAGGAGGUGCAGGAUAUAUUAUCUUUCAAAUUGUCGAAAGAUGCAACGUUGAAGACAUUCAUGGAUGACCGGAAUUUAAAGCUUCUUGCAGCCAUAUACCAAUGUAUCCCCCUUCUUUGUCUGUUUAUUGAUACCAUAGAAUCCAUAGACAUGACUGUAUUUGCAAUGAUAAAUAAAUUAGCAGCAAGAAACUCCAAGCCUGAGAGACAAAACACAAUAGAUUCAGAGAGCAGUAGUCAGUCAUUUUAUGAUGCAACGGCAAAAGUUUUCAGACCUAUGAUCAAUGAAUUCAUGUACUUGAAACAACUAUUGCAUUCUGCGUUUACAGAUUUAGUUCUUGAUGCGCAAACUAUAACAGCAACUGACCCUGAGACUUUUUUUCCAAUAGAAAGGGAAGGACCUUCCUCUGAUAAACCUAUUUCCAAAAGCAAACAACUUACCGAAGCUUUAAUGAAACAGUUAGAGUUGAUAAACUCAGAAAUAUAUCAUGAUGGCGUUUUCAAACUUGAGCCAAACCUAAAACUACUUGAGACCAUCAGGCUAGCAAAGGGGAGGAUGCGUCUUAUUUCUGUUUCUGUAAAUCAAUUGAAGGAGGAACGUAGAUCAAUUUUGAAUUACUGCUCAAGGGUAAUGAACACCGAUUUCAAUAUUGCUUCAUUAUUCAUUGCAGAAAGACAUAACACUUUGGUGUCAAUGAACAGUCAAUCCACUCAAACCAUCUUCACCGGAAAUAGGGCAACCAAUGACCUGUCAGAGUGGCCUGGAACAGAGAAUAUUCCGUGGUAUAUGGGACCCGACCAUGAUGAAGAAGAUUUGAUAUACGAGACUUCUAAUUUGAGAGGUGGUCCUGUAAGAAGCUUAGUAGCCAAAUUAGUCAAUCCUACUUCUCCUAAUGACGAAUUGUUUGAGCAAACAUUUUUCUCUUUCUUCUCCACCUUUGUCAAACCUGUCAAACUUUUUGAAAUUUUGAUUGAAAAAUAUCAUAUUGGAAUGCCAGAUGCUUUGAGCUACGAAGAAUACGAAUACAUAGACUACUUUCAUCUCGGAUGUAUGGAGCCUAAGCAGAUUCCAGUGUCACCAAUGACCCCAAGCAUAAAGCAAUUGAGACUCCAAAAUCUCAAUAUAAAUUAUGUGGCCGACCAAAUUACUGCAGUUCAAGCCUUUUAUUACAGGAAACUCAAUCUAUGGGAUUUACUUGGACGCACAUAUAACUUUUCCAAGAUCUUACAUAAAAAGAAUGACCGUAUUAGCUACAAUAUGAAAGAUCCUCUAGGAACUAAGAAUAUUUCCAAUUUUGUCAAAAAUUGUAAUAACUUGACACACUUUACAACAUACAUGAUCCUACGGAAAGACUCAGAGGAAAGGAUCAAUGCCAUUAAGUUUUUUAUCUCACUUGCUGAAAAGCUUCUCUCGCUCAAGAAUUUCUCAUCGAUGACUGCCAUUAUCAGUGGAUUGGGAUCUACGAGUAUAUCUAGGUUACGAAAAACAUGGGAUGCAGUUCCAAGUUUCUAUGUUGCUAAGUUUCAAAAAAUGGAUAACUUGAUGUCCAUUGGUAAAAAUUACAGUGAAUAUAGAAAUAUCUUGAGAUUCAUGGAGACUGAUGACGACCCAUACCUUCCAUUUCUAGGAAUGUACUUGUCUGAUUUGAGAUUCACUACUGAUGGUAAUUCUGAUUGGCUCGGUUCCAAGAGAGGUUCCAAAGGACUGGUCAAUUUUUCAAAAAGAAUGAGUAUUAUGAAAAUAAUGAAAGAAGUUCUGAAUUUCAAUGAAACCUUGUACAAAAUUGAGCUAGACACUGACUUUUCUUGUUACCUAAAUGAGAUGUUCACGGGUCUGCCUGAUGACGAAAGAAUGUAUGAAUUGUCUAUUCAGAUUGAACCAAGAGUCAGUCUUUUAAAGAACCCCAAAAAU